CCAGUGAAAGCAGUAGAAUUCCCUCCACUGAACUGUUCUUCAGUGUCACAAACUGAUGGUUCUUCAUUUGCUGAGAAGAACAGUCAAUCUUUUGUUGUGCCUGCACAUCAUCUCCUUGACUUUGAGACUUGUUGUACACAGGCUGUCUUGUAGGAAGUGAAUUCUGCAGAAAGAGGGAACACUGGAGGCUUUGGUUUCUUUAUGCAAAGACUGCCCAGAGCUGAGGAUUGUGGUUGCCAUGAAAGAGACCUAAGUUAGCCCAAAAGACUUUGCCAUGAAUUAAGCAGCAGUACAUUCAAUCUGUUCCCAUAGAAACAACCCUUAAAGCUCUUUCUAACCUGCUUCACACAGCUGCUCUUCCAAGAGGCCCAUGCUUGGCCUGACAGCAGUUUCUUCUCCCCAGCCCUCUUACCUGCACAUUGGCACAGGUUCAGACUUGGAAAUCACCAUCAUCCGUGCAAGGGUCCCAGUCCCAGUGUGAUCCCAGCUUCCUAGGACAGGUUAAUAGAAACCACCAAGACAGCUACCCUGAAUCUGUGGACAUGUUGCACCAGCACUCUUCAAACCACCACUCACUCCCUGGCCCAAGCAUCAGUUUGCUGUUUCUUCUGCAAUAGGAGGCAUGGGUGAAUAGUUUGGAAUAACAUUACAGGCUAAGAAGGGAUGGAAGAGGUGUGUUCUACUUUGAUACAACUUCAUAGUCUUCUUUCACAGGCUGGUUAUUAUCUCUCACUCAGCAUUUCCGAGCUGCUCAGUACUUUCACUUUCAUUCUGGUAGAUCAAGAAUAGCUUUUCUGCAGUAAGAAAAAGCAGGAGUUCAGUGCUAGGACAAACAGGAAUUUACAUGCAUCCAGGCGAGAACUGGCUUACAUCCAGCACGGAACGAUAGCACGGUAGGAGUUGUCCUUCCCGCAGCAAGAGCUGAGGGACUUUCUGAUCAGGAUUUACUGACCCGCAGCUCAAAACUCACGCUGGCUUCACAUUGCAGCCAAGCAAGGAGGGGCGAAAACAAGCAAAGGGCUGCUUCGGAAGGCACAGAUGGAAGAUUCCGCACUCAGGACAUUGCUGGGAUGAUGAAUUCUGCACUGAAGCAAACCAAUAGCAAGAAUCAAAUUCCUUAUCUCACCCGCUCCCGUGCCGCCGGGCUGCGCUGCCGGCCGUGGCCACCAGGGGGCGCUACUCCCCGGUGCGCGCGGCACUGCGGAGGCGCCGGGCCCUGCGGCGGGGCGGGGAUGCGCGGCGGGGCCAGCAUCACCGGCCCGGGCCCGGGCUGGAGCGGAGGGAUGACCUCUAAGGAUGCUCGAGGCGAAGCUGAUAGUCACUGGAGAUGACUUUGGCUAUUGUCCCCGGCGAAACCAAGGCAUCGUAGAGUGCUUCCUGGCCGGUGCGGUGUCCAACGUGUCCCUGCUCGUCAACGGAGGCGCUGCCGCAGAGGCAGCCCAGUUGGCCAGGAGACACAACAUCCCAAUAGGCCUGCAUGCCAACCUUUCUGAGGGUUCUCCUGUAUGUGAGGUGCUCAAGACAAACUCCUCUCUGCUCAACCAAGAUGGAUUCUUCCAUGGGAAAAUGGGAUUCAGAACAGCUCUAUCAAAAGGUCUCCUGAAUAUGUCAGAGGUGAAGCAGGAGCUCAAGGCCCAGGUGGAGCUGUUCCAUAAGCUGACAGGACACCUACCUACUCACAUGGACGGGCACCAGCAUGUUCACGUCCUCCCAGAGGUCAGGCACGUAUUUGCAGAGGUGUUAGAGGAAUAUGGGCUUAAGUACACACGUGUCCCAAUAGAGCCAGGCCUCCGUAACUGUGUCUGGAUUCCACCAUCCCUGAUGGACUUUUAUCGGGGAGUAGAAGAAGAUUCUUUUAACACAGUAGAUGUGUUUACAAGGCAUGGAAUAAGGUGGCCAGACAUUUACAUUGGUUUGAGCACCAUGGGCAAGAACAUGUCUGUCAGGAACAUCAGGAGUGCCAUCGACACUGCCAUCGCGGAGUUCACCUCCAAGGCACCCUCGCCACAGAGCAGGACAGUGACAAUCGAACUGAUGGUGCAUCCAGGGUACCCGAGCAUCCCACCCAUUGGUGGCUGUGGGGAAGGACCUGAUGAUUUCUCACAGUCCUGGGAGCGCGUCCAUGAACUCCAGACAUUAAUUAAGCCAGAGCUGCAGAGCUAUUACAAAACCAGGAACAUUCAGCUUUGUUCAUUCAAAGAUCUUUAAAACAGCCAGCACACAUACAUACCUUUAUUCAUGCUCUGAAGAGAGACAGUUGCUGAUGUCUCAAGAAGCCUGGGCACUGCUCUUGGUGCAGCACCUCCCACUGCAGCUGGCAGGAGUGGGGAGCAGCAUUAGGCGUUCAGGGUGGAGGAACACCCUGUGAGCAGCUACAGGCAGGACCCCAGAGCCUGCCUUUGAGGCCACAGCAUCCACUUUGAACAGGACAAAUCUCUGCUGCGUCACCCAUACACACGAUUCUGGUGCAGCAUGGCAGCCAGGGCACAGCCCUCCCAGGGCUCUGCCUGCCAGUGUGAUGGCGAUGGGGAGCACUGCAAAGACAGACUUUGCCCUCAGGGUGCCGAUCAUCUCUCUUUUUGGACUUAACUGCAAAAAAAACCCCAAUCGUGCUGGGGAACAAGUGCUGCUUUGGAGCCACCGCUCUGUUGGCUGCCCACGGGAGGUCUGCCAGCCUUCAGCAUCUUGUUACCUUAGCGCACUCAGUCGUGGUCCCUUCCCCUCCACUGGUGCUGGCUCAUGUAUGGUGAAGGGCACAGGGACAGUACCAGAGUGUUUCUUUGGGCAGAGCAGUUGGGUUGUGGUUUUACCUGCCAGUGACUGCAGCCAUGUUCCACACACAGCCUCAGCCAGCAGCAAUUACGGCACUUCCUAUGAUUUCUGCUUCUUGGCACUGUGCCACCAUGGGAACGAAACAUCAGCCGUGGCCCUUCCGGAACUGGCUUUGCUUUUUGCUUCCUUUUUUUUUUUCUUUUGGGAUGACUUUGGAAGAACAGCAGCUGUUAACCAAUCUGCUAUUUCAGCAACUGCUGCAUCCAAGAGCUCACCAGCAAUCGUUCCUGCACUGCCCACAGCCUCCAAAUGCUGCGUGGGGCGGCUGUGCACCAACUAAGGGCAAGUUUUUGAGUGGAGAAGGGCCCUGUAUUUGUCCAUUUUUAUCAUCAAAGCAUCUGAUCUUCAACAGGCCCUGGUAAUACCAACAGGUUUAACUGCGUUCUUAACCGCAGCCCUGUCACGCAUGGAUAACUUUCAUUUGGGAAAACAAACUCUAGACUGUUUACACUCAUUUUCUACACAAAGGUGAUCUAUUUAAUGUAAUAAUUUUUGGUUAACUGUUUUUUAAUAUUAAAAAUUUCAAUAUGAUCAUCAUUCUUUUAAAUGAAAAAUAAAUUCAGGCCUUUUUCUAUUGUAACACUUCAGGAGGCUUUUGGUUUCUGUUAUU